AUGGCCACGGCGGCUUCUAACCCCUACCUGCCGGGGAACAGCCUGCUCGCGGCCGGCUCCAUUGUGCACUCGGACGCGGCAGGGGCCGGCGGCGGUGGUGGUGGCGGCGGCGGGGGGGGCGGCGGCGGAGGCGGCACGGGGGGCGGCGGCGGUGGCAUGCAGCCGGGUAGCGCCGCCGUGACCUCAGGCGCUUACCGGGGGGACCCGUCCUCCGUCAAGAUGGUCCAGAGCGACUUCAUGCAGGGAGCCAUGGCCGCCAGCAACGGCGGCCAUAUGCUGAGCCACGCGCACCAGUGGGUCACGGCCCUGCCCCACGCCGCCGCCGCCGCCGCCGCUGCCGCCGCCGCUGCCGUGGAAGCCAGCUCGCCGUGGUCCGGCAGCGCCGUGGGUAUGGCCGGCAGCCCCCAGCAGCCACCGCAGCCGCCGCCGCCGCCGCAGGGCCCCGACGUGAAGGGCGGCGCCGGGCGCGACGACCUGCACGCGGGCACAGCGCUGCACCACCGCGGGCCGCCGCACCUCGGGCCCCCGCCGCCGCCCCCGCACCAGGGCCACCCCGGGGGCUGGGGGGCUGCCGCCGCCGCCGCUGCCGCCGCUGCAGCCGCCGCCGCCGCCGCGCACCUCCCGUCCAUGGCCGGGGGCCAGCAGCCGCCGCCGCAGAGUCUGCUCUACUCACAGCCAGGGGGCUUCACGGUGAACGGCAUGCUGAGCGCGCCCCCGGGGCCCGGCGGCGGCGGCGGCGGCGCGGGCGGCGGCUCCCAGAGCCUGGUGCACCCGGGGCUGGUGCGCGGGGACACGCCCGAGCUGGCCGACCACCACCACCACCACCACCACCACGCGCACCCGCACCCGCCGCACCCGCACCACGCGCAGGGACCCCCGCACCACCACGGCGGCGGCGGCGCGGGGCCCGGACUCAACAGCCACGACCCGCACUCGGACGAGGACACGCCAACGUCGGAUGACCUGGAGCAGUUCGCCAAGCAGUUCAAGCAGCGGCGCAUCAAGCUGGGCUUCACGCAGGCCGACGUGGGGCUGGCGCUGGGCACGCUGUACGGCAACGUGUUCUCGCAGACCACCAUCUGCCGCUUCGAGGCCCUGCAGCUGAGCUUCAAGAACAUGUGCAAGCUCAAGCCGCUGCUGAACAAGUGGCUGGAGGAGGCGGACUCGAGCACCGGCAGCCCCACGAGCAUCGACAAGAUCGCGGCGCAGGGCCGCAAGCGCAAGAAGCGGACCUCUAUCGAGGUGAGCGUCAAGGGCGCGCUCGAGAGCCACUUCCUCAAGUGCCCCAAGCCCUCGGCGCAGGAGAUCACCAACCUGGCCGACAGCCUGCAGCUGGAGAAGGAGGUGGUGCGGGUCUGGUUCUGCAACCGGCGCCAGAAGGAGAAGCGCAUGACGCCGCCCGGGAUCCAACAGCAGACGCCCGACGACGUCUACUCGCAGGUGGGCACUGUGAGCGCCGACACGCCGCCGCCGCACCACGGAAUGCAGACGAGCGUGCAGUGA